CCGGGGCUCUGAGAAAUAUAGGCAGCAUCCCUUCCAGCUCAUGCACUCAGACCCACAGCUGCCCCAUAAGACACCAAGCCGCAGCUGCGCUGAUCGCUGAUCCUAGGUGAACCCUCACACACACACACACACACACACACACACACACACACACACACACACACACACACACACACACACACACACACACACACACACACACAGCCGCACACACUCGCACAGCCAGAUCUUCGCUGGGAGUCGAGGCGCGAUGUUGGUCAAGCUGGCUGUGGCGCUGCUGGUUUUGUCUGUGCUCGAACAAGUAGUGGGAUCGGAUAAUAUUGAUCUCCACGACAGCCUCCCGGAGAAGCCUGCGACACAAAAAGGACGCCUCUCUCUCCAGAACACAGCUGAGAUCCAGCACUGCCUGGUGAGUGCAGGGGAUGUCGGCUGUGGUGUGUUUGAGUGCUUUGAGAAUAACUCCUGCGAGAUACGAGGGCUACAGGAAAUCUGCAUGACGUUCCUUCACAACGCUGGCAAAUUUGACUCUCAGGGGAAGUCUUUCAUCAAGGAUGCUCUGAAGUGUAUGGCACACGGGCUCCGACACAAGUUCAGCUGCAUCAGUAGAAAGUGUGUGUCCAUUAAAGAGAUGGUGUUCCAGCUCCAGAGAGAGUGUUACAUCAAACACAACCUGUGCUCUGCUGCUAAGGAGAAUGUGGCUGUGAUGGUGGAGAUGAUCCAUUUCCAGGAUCUCUUCCCUAAAGGUCCAUAUGUGGAGCUGGUGAACAUCCUGCUGAGCUGUGGCGAGGAGGUGAAGGAGGCGCUCACUCGAAGCGUCCGGCUGCAGUGCGAGCAGAACUGGGGGGCUCUGUGUGACAGCCUGAGCCUCUGCUCCUCCCUCGCACCCUCACCCGCUGGCUCCCCAGUUGUUGAACACCACCGCCGCCCGUUACCCUCCCACCCAGAGCCGGAGCAUCCUCGCUUACCACGGCAAGGUGAAAAGGAGAAACCGGCUAAGGCGGGCUUCAAUGCUCACCCGCGCAAUCGCAGUCAGGGACCCCGCCGCCAGAGUCCGGAGGCCGGGAUCGUGGCCGAACAGGAAGACCCCGAGGCCACAGACAUCCGGAGGUGAAAGCGCGGGAGGCUGUCCCUACUUUUCAACGUUUGAAAAACCACAUUUGCAGACUUAUGCACACCUCCACAGAUCAACACACACACACACACAUACUCACACACACACACACACACACGCUCACACAAGUUCCCAGACAUGAGUGAGCAGAAGGAAACAAGCCCCAACCUUUCCUGUCCUUAUUCCGCCCUCUCCAGUCAUUCCAGCAGUCCCACAUAGUAACCUUGCAGGGUAAAUGAGGUGUAGCUCGUGCUGUUAUGCCAGACUGUAGGCCACACUUAAAAAAAGAAAAAAAGAAAUAACAAUCGUUAUUAUCAUGAUUAUUUCCACUGUUAGGACUAUUUUGGCUCUAAUAUAGCAUUUCUCAAAUCAUACUUACUGUAAGAUUUGAUUAUAUUUGUAUUAUUUAUUUUAUUCUUUAUGCAAUGUUGAAAUAUCAAAAUGUACAUAGAAAUAUUCUUAUCUAUAUUUAUAUCAACAUGUAUAAAUAUAGCUACAAUAUGCAAUACUGGUAUGCUAUAGGUGAUGGCAUACGGUGUGCUGUAUGCUCUCUCCACAGUAUUGCACCCAUCACGCAUUGGUCUGUAGAUAUGUAACAUACACCGUUUGUUGUUUCAGAGUGGGGGACUGUGUGAUGAUUAUAGAUACUUGAUGAUUAAAUACAAAUUGUACAGGUUUCAAGUCCAGUUCUGGCACAUAUGAAAUGUAGUGCAUGAUGGCCACAAAGCCGGCAGACGUGUGCAUUCUUCAAGUGAAACGUCAUUUUUAGAGAGGAUGCAAAUGUAAUACUAUGAAUAUGGACAGUUAUUUCACAUGUGUGGUGAUAAGUCUCUCACAAAGCUAGACAUGAGAGAGCAAAGACUGAUCUCUGAGGUCAUCUGUCUGAGCGGUCGAAUGGCAGACUGAUAGCAGGCACAGUUUUGAGGACUCUUUUAUGUUUCAUAAGUAUUCAUGCAACUCGAGACAUGCGUCUUAUCUUGGAUGCAGAAAGUAUCACAUCACUCAAGCUCAUUGUCAAUAGAGAAAUCCUCACUGACAUUACACAUUAAUGUCAUGUUUAUAGCUUCAGGAGACGUUUUUUUGUUUUUCCUCAUUCACAGAUAAUAACUGAACUGUCAGAUGCUAUUUCUUCUCUCUUCGGUUGGUUUUGGAUGUAAGAUUAAAGCUUGCUGUGAACUCCAGCAAAGAGUGGAUGUUCAAUCAAGUUCAUUGUAAAAAAUCUCACUCAUCAAGGUGCCUAAACUUGUUAUUGUCCACAGUGACCGCUUCUCUGUGAUUUACUGUGUCAGGGGGAGAUUUAUUGUUGAGCUAUUUCACGAUUACACUGAGCCACAAAAGUCUUACAUUUUUUUGCACUUUGGAUGAUUUGUUUUGAGCCGCUGCAGGUUAGGAAUCCAGAGCAGGUUAACCAGAGCUGUCACCCUGUAAAGGGAAUUAAGAAGCCCUGGUUUAACUUAUCAACCACAGCUCCAACUCCUGUAUCCCCACAUGCUCCCUAGGACCAGAGUGAGUCCCUUAAGACGAGCAAUGCAACACUCUAGCGGUGGCCCCUCUAAAUUAGUCCUUAUUCCACCCUCUUCUCUGGUCCCUUACCUAGGUCAGGAGAGACAUGAAGGACUGUUAUUCUACCCAUAAGAGCUGCAGGCAACGCAGCAAGGACCCAGGAACUGGGUUAAGUCCACACACAGGGGCUCUGGCGCUGUUAUUCUAAAUGUUAUAUUUACCGAGGCCACCAGAGAAUUCCUCUGGGCUCCUGCCAAAAGCCAGCAACCCGGAGAGGCAGAGCAGCAAGAAGGAGAGAGACAUGCACAACUUUUUUCUAUUAAAUGUGAUUAUUCACUCCUGCCUUUACUUCUCCCUGUACUCUUCUUCAGGUCACACACACACACAGGCUUUUGACCAUUUCUGGCCAGUCACAUGCUUAAGCAGUGGAAGUGCAGAUUGUGAGCACACUACACUACAUGCUAGCGUGACCGGUUCAAAAAAUAAAUAAAUCAAACAAGCUCAGAUUUUGUGGCUCAGUUAAGCUUUUUUUUCUUUCUUUCUUUUCUUUCCCCCCUGAUGUACUUACAGCAAGUUUUAACCCCUUGCAAUCAUUAACAAACUAUUAUAAGCUGCGAGGGUUUGAAUCAUCAGUGAGGCUUUCACACUUUUCUUUUUUGUAUUCUGUUGUGGAAGUUGGGAUUCCUGUGACAUCCCGACACAAGACAUAAGCUAAUCCUAUUGAGAAUGUACUGUAUGUGUGUAAAGUGACAAUCUGUUCAGCUCUGUCAUUGAGUUUGGCUUUUUGUAAUAAUGUAGUGGCUUUAAUGGCUGUUUUUAAUGUGUUGGGAGGAAAAAUAAAACUAACCAUGUUUCCUGUAUAAUUAGUGCUCCAACACCACCAUCAUGUGUUUCCUCUUUAAAGCACAAGGACUAUUUUCACCGUUUAAAAUACCAAUCAUGGUCUAGAAAUGUAUAACUCACCUGUAAAACAUUUGGCAUAGGAUCCUAUAAGUAUCUUUGGACUCAAUCAUUAAGUCGGAUGUAUCUUGUUAUCAUUAAAAUAUGUUUUGUCUGUA